GCAAUGGACGGUUUGAUUCACAAAAAGGUAAUCAAAGUCAAUGAUAAGGUAGUUUUGGAACGCGUUUCGGAAUUGCCAGACAUGACGUUCGCGGGUAGUCGGAAAGUGUUGCUUUCUAAGAGGCCAAACUGCCUCGAAGCAGGAGAAACAGGGCCGAGGGAAAACGCAUCUCUAGCGGCAGUUCCGAAAACGAGCAAGGGAGACCUGAAGCAGAGCACCUUAGCCAAGUCGGCAGACGUUGCAACCUACUUGAAUUUCAUCGAGGCUAAUAUCAACAUGCUCCGCUCCAAGAAGACAGCUUUGGCAAACGAGAAGUACAGCAUGGAGGGCUUCACUAAGCAAAUGAAAGCCGAGAUCGCCAAACUUAAGGAGAGCAACAUGAAGCUGAACCAAGAGGUCACCGCCAGCAAAAACCAGCUCAAAGCGUUUGAGGAGCACAGCCUGGAGCUUCAGAGCGCCAAGGAGAGUGUGAACGAAAGCAUCAAGGAGUCAAAAGACGCCCUGAGGAAAAAGCAUACCAAGCUGACCGAGCUGAAAAAAGCUGAAGCAAAAAUGGACGAGAAAUUGAAAUUGAAAAGUGAACUCCAGACCAGUCUUGCUAAGCAGCAGAAUGAGCUUGCAAAAAUCGAGAAGGAGGUGGAAGCAAGCAAGCAGAAGUUGGAAUCAGUGAAAGAGGAAUCAUUGAAGCUGACAACCCACAUUGAGCAGCAGAAGAAAUGCAGAGCUGGAUUGGAAUUUGAAAUGAAGUCGUACGAGAAGCAGGUGAAUUUGAUUCUGAAGCAAUUAGAAGAGAAGCAACGCGAACUGGACAAAGCAAAGUUACGAAUCGUGUAUAUCGAGAAGACACUGGAUGAGCAGCGUUUGUUGGAAAAGGAAUACAAUGUAAAAAAUUCAACCUUGGAACACAGCGUGGAGAAAGCUGCUGCUAAAAAGAGGGCGUUGGAAGAAAAUCUGAAUAUUUUUUCAGAAGAUGUCUCUAACUUGGAGGCACUGUUCCCAAAGCUGCAGACAAAUUUGAAGGAGAUGAAGGAGGGGCUGAAAAAAAUGGAAAAGACCCUUGCGGAGAAGCGCAAAAACAGAGACGAGGCAAAGAAAUUAUGUGAAAGUUUGGAUGCUGAGUGUAGAGAUUAUGAGAAAAAGAUGACUGACUUGCGAGCAAUGCUGCCCAGGAAAAACGAAGAUCGCAAAAAACUUCAAGUUCGACUGAAUGAAGUCAUCGGGGAGCGAAACGCAAUGAAAGAAGAGGAAAAAUCCACUCUGACUGAAAUUGAGGAAAUCAAACGUAGGGAUCAAGAGAAAAAGGCAAACAGGACUCAGCUAAUGACUGAUAUAAAACAACUGACGCAGGAGACGAACAGGCUCCGCAAUAAAGAAGCGGCAUGCAUCGCGGAAAAUAAAACAAUGCAGAGCAAUCUUGAUCGUCUGGAGAGUGAAAUGCACAAAAUGAAAGAAGCUGAGGCACAACUGCAGGCAGAACACGGCAAGGCGGUGCAACGAAUGCAAGAACUUUCCAAGCUGAUGACUGAUGUCAGAGCUGAAUUGGAGCAGAUGGUGGGCGACGUGAACAUUCAACAGAAACGAAAGGCUCAACUGGAGAUGAUCAGGGAAAAUCUGAAUCUGCAUUUGCCUCCAGAAGAGAACAUCUACUCCAGUCUGAAGAGACUUCCUCUGCCAGUGCGGAAGCCUAAGAAGGGCAAGAUGAGUAGUUGGUUCAAAAAGAAGAAGCAGCAGCAGCAAAAAAUUGUAGCCGAAGGUGACCAUGAAUAAAUCUCCCUCGUAAAAUGUAAAA